CUGCUGAACAUUUGGAUCUUCUGCUCGAAUCCAAACCCAAAGGGGUUCAUUUUUCCGCAGUUCAAUACGGGAAUGAGAUCUGCAACUUCUGUUCUUCUCUUUUUACUAAGUGGUUCUUGAUUUGUGAUCAAUUCUUCCUUGCUGGAGCUUUGGAUGCUUUCUUUUUAGUAUUUGGGAUAAUUUGCAAUCUUGGAAAUGUGAUAUUUAUUUUCUUUCAUUAUUGAGUUCAACAUGAUGUGUGGAGAAGAAUCUCUUGAACGGGAUGACUUGGAAUGCUCGAGUAUGUCAAAGCAGCUGCUCAGAUGCAUGAGCCAGAAGUUGAAAAAGAAAACUGGAGACGAAGACGAGAAAGCUAGGGGUGUUUCCAUCAGUUGUCUAGUCAGUCUCUAUGGAAGGGGGGGCGGAGGUUGCAGAGUGGGUGCUGAUGACACUGAUGAAGAUCUCGUGAAUCCACAGGGUAGAAGAAGACAUUCUAAUGCCAGUGAUGAUCUUGAUGCCAAAGGGAUGCAAGUGUACCCUUAUGGAGUGUGGGAGAAGCUCUUGAGAAAAAACAAGAGUAAUAACAACAGAAAGGUGAAAUGUGAAACUGGAAAUUUGAAUAACUACUUCCUACCGGAUGACAUCCUAGAAAUGUGUUUGGUGAGACUUCCACUAGUCGGUCUGAUGAACGCCCGGCUCGUUUGCAAAAGAUGGAAAACCCUAACAGCGACACCUCGGUUCUGGAAGAUGAGACGGGAAGGUCCGUUUCAGAGUCCGUGGCUUUUCCUUUUUGGUUUUGUCAAAAAUGGAAAUUGCUCUUCAGAGAUACACAUGUUGGAUGUCUCUGUCAACAAAUGGCACAAGAUUGAUGCUGAGAUACUGAAGGGAAGGUUUCUGUUCUCUGUUGCCGGUGUGAGAGACGACGUGUAUGUUGUUGGGGGCUGUACAAGUUUGACCAACUUUGGGAAGGUCGAUAAGAGCUCUUACAGAACCCACAAAAGUGUGCUUGUUUUCAGCCCUGUUACUGAAUCGUGGCGGAAAGCAUCUUCCUUGAAGCAUGCAAGAUCAUCCCCUGUUCUUGGGGUCUUUGAGGUCAGUUUUGACUCUCUUGUUGUUAGAAAUCAACGAAACCGGUCCGAGAGAAGAUUCUACCGGUCAAGGGUUGGUGGCAUUUCCGAGGUGUAUGAAGACCCUCAUAGACUUUCUGUGAGGCGGCAGUCUCCGGAUGAGAACGAGGUCUCUUUCUUGCCUCCAUACAAGUCUAUAAAGCAAAAAAGUGAACGGGCUAAUAAAUGUGUUAGAAGGUUCAUACUGAUAGCGGUUGGUGGGCUUGGAUCUUGGGACGAGCCGUUAGAUUCUGGAGAAAUUUAUGAUUCCGUUUCAAACAAAUGGACAGAAAUCCAGAGGCUACCAGUUGAUUUUGGGACCGUCUGUUCUGGCGUUGUCUGUAAAGGCAUGUUUUAUGUUUACUCAGAAACAGAUAACCUUGCGGCCUUUGACAUAGAAACAGGCUACUGGCUCAGGAUCCAAACCAACCCGUCCCCUACCCAUGUUCACGAGUAUCGUCCUAAGCUUAUUUCCUGUGGUGAGCGGCUUUUGCUGCUCUCGGUCUCGUGGUGUGAGGGGGAGGGUCAAAUAGGGAGAAGAAACAAAGCAGUUAGGAAGCUGUGGGAGCUUGACUUAACAAGCCUUACUUGGAAAGAGGUCUGUAUUCAUCCUGACGCACCCAUGGAUUGGAAUGCAGUAUUUGCUUCGGAUAAGAAUAUGAUAUUUGGGGUUGAGAUGUUCAAAAUGUUCGGACAUGUUAUGGACUUCUCAACCGUGUGUCAUGUAUCUGCAACUCAAACCAAAUGGGUACACGUCUCGAGGAAUCAUCAUGUGGCUCGUGAACUUGAUGCAGCUUCAUGCAUGACAAAAUCCAUGGCGGUUCUGCAUUUGUGAUGAAGCAUCAUUAUGAUCAUUUCACACGCACACACGCACGAGUCCUCACAGUACACAUAAACCACGAAUAUGACAUGGCGUGUUAGAUCCUCUCCCUGUUUUUCUUUGUUAUUUUGUAAGGAGCUGUGCUUGUGUCUAAAUUACAAUGAAUUUGCAUUCAUGUAUCUCUUGUAUUUGUUUGUCUCCACGGGAAAUGUAAUUUAUAUUUUCUUUGGUUUCGCAGUUCGCACAUUGACCAGUAGCUUUUAAGAUGGUUUCAUAUACCCUUUGCUUCACAAAGAUUAUAUGUUUGCCGUAUUUGGUUAAAUGUGUUGCACUUUAACCAAUUCUUGUGGUUGUUGUUGCUGCUGCUACUAAUAUUAUUAUUAUUACUAAUAAUAUCAUCAUCAUCAUGAUUAUUAUGAUUA